AUGACAACUACAAGAUCAAGUAAACGUAGCACACUCCUUAGCUUCCACAGACCCAAACUCUCGCUCGACGAGGCCCCCAUCCCCAUCCUGAAGCCAGAAUCCAAAGCUCGCACAGUGUCUGCAGAGCUCACGGCGUCUGGGUUGUCAAGGUGCUUGCAGAAUCUCCUCAUGUAUCAACAGGCUGAGCAACAGAUGGCACUACCAAAGUCACGGUGCGCGGCAGUGCUCGUUGCGCUGUUCGUGGGACGGAUGGGUGAUCUGCGUGCACCUACCUUGAGAACGUUUGCCGGCGAUACUUCGUUGCCUGGUGGAAAGUGGGAGCCACAGGAUCGGAAUAUGGAGGGGACUGCUCGUCGAGAAGCAUUUGAAGAGAUAGGUCUUCCAAUGGACCAGCACAAGGUCCCGCUACUCUGUGUUCUCGAACCCGUAUUGGCGGGUCACAACUUGAUAAUCAUUCCAGUCGUCGUCCUCAUCCUCGACGUAACCAUCCGACCCAUUUUGAAUACAGCAGAGGUGGCUUCACUGUUCUCGCACCCACUCAUCUCCCUGCUACACUCCAAUCUGCCCUUCCUGAAUGAGCGCAAGAUGCCCGAAUUGGAGUACCAUACCUACUCCGACACUAUUUUGUCCUUAGGCCCCCAGCGCUUGCACCGUUUCCUGACAGGUCGCGAGGUGGGCGGGACGAAGCCCAUCUUCGGAUUAACAGCAGGCAUUCUGAUACAUGUUGCAAUCAUCGGGUACGGUCGCGCCCCCGACUUUGAGCUCGAUGCACCGGGGCAGCCAUCCUGGAACGAGCGCAUCGCAUACGCGCUCAAGCACAGCCCCGUCUUCCUGGAGGCAAUGCAGAAGGAGGGCAUCGACCCCUCGAAGAUCCCCGACCCGUCGAGUUUUCGCAAUAGAGUGGGCGUGAAAAACGCGGACGGGCAGUCUGUGAGUGGAGAGACAAGGGAGCAGAGGUGGUGUGCGCAAAGUAAGCUGUGA